AGGAAAAUCUCCACUGACUUCAAACUUGCAGCGAUCCCAUCUGGCAUAUUUCGGCUCCGUGAGAUCCUGGACUGUGUAGGAUUCUCCUGUCGUACCUUUCAUCACAUCAAGGAGCUCCACGACGAGCCUACUAGAAGUGAAUAUCUUGGCCGUCCACGGACUCUCAAUUUCAAAGACUGGCAGUAUCUUCUCGAGCUCGUUCAUCAUUAUCUUGAUUGGUUCCUCGACUAA